CUCGGGUGGAGCGCCAACCACAGCUUCAAAAAUACCGAAGUCAGAUCUUUAACUUACGAUGCACGCUUACGAAGGUUCACAGUCGUCGUUCCUUAAUUCCAUGUACCGGCCAAGCUCAGCUCUUCAGCCAUCUAACCAACAAUCGUACGCGAGCUAUAAAUCCCAAACAGAAUACCCGAUGGCUGUACGCUUUGAUUCUCACCCACUUCACAGCCUCUCCGCGUACAACUCCGGUUCAUUUUCGUUCUAUCCCUGUGCUUCGAGUCAUCGUUACGUUCACGACUUAAACUGCAGCUACACGGCUGGAUCUUUGCAUAGUGGGUUUGUGGCGUGUCGCCGUCCGAAGAGGAUCAGAACGGCUUUCACUCCGACGCAACUUCUUCAUUUGGAGAACGCUUUUGAAAAGAACCAUUACAUUGUUGGAACAGAACGCAAGCAACUAGCGUCUUUUCUGAGUCUUUCUGAGACGCAAAUUAAGGUCUGGUUCCAGAAUCGCCGGACUAAAUGGAAGCGUCAACAGGCUGAAGAAAAAGCUUCGUCACAAGCGAAAAGCACCGGCAUAAGUGUCAGCGAAUGCCAUGGAAUAAACAGUCAGCUACAAAAGGAAGAAAACGAACAUUUGGUGUGACCUAAUACUUUUUAUCCGAAAUGACAAUUCUCACGAAGCAAGUAAAAAUCGCGAGCAAUUAUCGUCGGCUUUUGGCGCAAAAUGUUCGAUUCCGAAGCUUAGCAUCGAACGUGAUCUCUCGUUCUGGAAUAAUCCUUGAUCCUCCCUGGUGCCAAAGAACAAUUCCGUUCAAAACUCUCAUUCCACUUGUAAGAUAUAAAACUUAACAUAAGAAAUAAAGAGUAUCUCUUUCAUUGAACAGAAAAAAACGCCGCUUUUUGCCGAGACCAAAAUGGUUUCUUUUUCACUCAAGGUGAAGUGCUCACUUCUGUGCAAACCUCUGUAUAUUCGUUUUAUGUAAGGAUCUUUUUAGUGGACGCCAAAUCCAACUUACUAUUUGUUGUUCUUCCUAGUGAUAACUUCUAAUGAUGAGAACUUUCUUUUUACAGUCUCUUUCCUUUAGUUUCUAUCAGUUCCCGAUCGGGGACCUUUCUUGUUUUAAAGCCUAGUAUCAUUUACAUCAGCUUUUCUCACAGGAAGAGAUUUCGGGCCAGCACAAACCUUUUUUUGCGUACAAGAGUGCAAAUAGUGUAAAUUUUUUUUUAAAAAGCAGUAUUCGAGGAGAUCAAGUAGGAUAGCAACUCAAAGGUGUACAAUCGAUAAAAGCAUGUAACAGAAAAUUCAUUUGGUUUAAAGUUGUACAAAGAUAAAUCUCAAAGUACCUAGUGUGUAAAAUAUAUUUGCUGACCUUUAUCAGGACAUGAAGAUUGUAAAUGAAUCAAA